AUGGACGCACCUCAAUCGCCCAUUCAAAAGAACGCGUGCGGAAAGUGUGCUCGCCGCAAGAUCCGUUGCGACCGACGACAGCCAUGCUCCAACUGCGUGGCUCACGCUCGUAUGACGGCGAGACGCAACCGCAACAAAAAGGAUGUAUCUGGACAUGACGUGGAAAUAGAAUGCAUAUAUGUUGAGCCACCUCCAGGACGGCGGCUGCGCCGACACAAACAUGCUCGUACGGUCCCAUCGAAUCUCGCAAACGACCUCAUGGACCGACUACAGAUGUACGAAGACCUGUUACAAAAGAAUGGAAUAACAGCUCCUCAAUCUUUUUCACAAGAAGAGCUUCCAAGCUUUCACGAGCCAUUGCCACGGCCAGGGUCUUGUGAAAGCUGCAAUGAUAUCGUCAGUGACCACCGGAUAUGGAUUGCCUCCCCAUGGGAGGCUAAAAUGGCAGCAGGCAAUGACCCGACAACAUCAUCGAUUGCGCAGACACCGUCUUCUGGGGUAGAUACGAUCGUUGAUUUAGCAAAUACCAGAGAGGGGAUGAAAACAUGGCCAACGGUGGUCCACGAGGACGCUGCCGACGAGGAGCUGGAACUGUGGCGGUCGUUACCACCCGAGCUGCGCAACCCGCCCGUCUCGGAAAUCUUUGCUAGGCGCUUCUUUGGCCAGAAAACCAUAAAUGAGCGUUCACUCAGCGAAAAAAUCCCACAGCCGUUGGAAAUGAACACGACAAGCAUCCUCUUCGGCACUUCCAACCUGGCGCCCGUACCACACCCAGAACCACGCAUGAUCCUUCACCUGUGGCAGACCUUCAUCGACAGUGUCAACCCUGUCAUGCGAAUUGUACACGUGCCGACGACACAUAAACAGAUUGUUGAUGCGAGCUGGGACCCUGCCAACGCACCGCCGGCCACUGGUGCGUUGAUGUUUGCUGUAUAUGCGCUGGCCCUGACAUCGAUGACUAUUUCCGAGUACGCCGACAUGUUUACAACUACAAAGACGAGACAAACAUCAGAUGACGCUGUCCCGCCCAAGAGGGAACUUCUGACAAAAUACCGUAUGGGUGCCAUGCAGUGUCUUGUGGCCGCCGGUAUAUUGACGACGCGCCGCCUCGACGUCCUUCGCGCCUUUACGCUGUUUAUCCUCGCCGAGCCGGACUCGGAGCUGUGCAGCACCCUGGCUUCCACAGCUGUACACCUGGGCCUCAAGCUGGGCCUGCACCGAGAGACGAGCAAGAGCACACCGGAAGGUACGGGGACCCUGUCAUUCUUUGAUCGCGAGAUGAGCGUCCGUCUCUGGUGGCAGAUUCUCGGCAUUGACGCCCGCAUGCGUCUGGCCGUCAGUCUUAGCUACACUAAUAGCAUUAGUACGAUGGGAAGCAACAAGCAUAGCAGAUUUGCGACGGGAGGCAACUACUUUGGCAGCAGCAUGCCACUGACCGACUUGGUUGACCUUCGGCUACCACUCAACGUGAACGACGCAGACUUGCACCCGGACAUGACGUGUGCGCCAGUAGAGCAUGCUGGGCCGACCGAGAUGCUCUAUGUCAGAGUCAAGUACCAUACGGCUCCAUGGAUGCAAACGUUUGCGCAGAAGAAAUUUGUUUCGAGCACCAGUGGCGAUUUGGGAGAGGUGUCCACGCCCGCAGGCCACCUAUUCCACACUCAGACUUUGCCAGCCAUGAAGAACUGCGCCAUUGACGAGCUUGAGCAGCUGUACACGAACAUAUGCCAUCAGUUUGCCGACCCACGAAUCCCGCUGCACGCCGUGAGCUCGAGCAUGGCGCGUAUGGCUGUUGCACAGCUGCGGUUUCAGGCAUACCACCCGCGGACGUCGGCUGCACAACCACCAUCACAACCACCAUCUGCAUUAGCAAACGGGGAACAGGUAUCUGUGAUACCCGAAUUCUCACGAUACAACGCCGACGCCACGUUCAAGCAUGCUCUGAGCAUUCUAGAGAUGUGCUUUGGAUGCCGACAGGUGGCUGGUGUGGGCAACGGUUUCGCAGCGUUUCAGCUGCUUGCCGAUUUGGUGAUGCGUGUAGUGAUGGAUGCGAUAGUGUAUGUUCUAUGCAUGCUGCGGGUGCGGACAUGCGGCGAGAACGAUGAUGACGAAGAGCGGGCCAAAAUCGACUCGGCCUGGCGCAUGAUUGAGUUGUUCUACAAAGAGUACGCCGAGGACCUUGCUGCAGCCACAAGUGCUUACGAGCCGCACUUAUUGCAUAUGCACCACAAUGCUAGUCACACGAGAGAACCCAGAAACAAUGAUGCAACCACAGAGGAGAACAGAAAACUGGCGGCGGGAGCCACGUUCGUUGCUGCGUUUACGGACUUGACGCUGGAGGCUUUUGAUGCUCAUGAAAAGGCUUGGCUCGGUCUGGGGAAGGGAGCUCUUAUCACGCCAGAAUUUAUCGCCGAACUUCGGGCACAGAAAAAUACACAAAGAGAAUUUCUCGAUCCAUCGUCAGCGGCCGGGACCGGAUUGGGCGAGAUGCUGUUACAAGCAGACGACUUUGCCAUGGACUGGGAAUAUCUGAACAACCUGUUGCAAAUAUGA